AUGAAUACUGUUGAAGAAAAUAAUACCAAAAUCACCGAUAAUAAUAAUAAUAAUAAUAAUAAUAAUAAUAAUAAUAAUAAUAAUAAUAAUAAUAAUAAAAAUAAUGAUGGUGAAAAUUUAUCACAACAAUUAAUAGAUUCAAAUAAUAAAAAACUGAGAUCACCAAUUCAAGUUUAUUUUGAUUCUGAUGUUAGUUCUUGUUCAUUACAAUCACAAUCAUCACCUCAACAAUUACCAACUCAACAACCAAUUCAACAACAAAUCAAUAAUAUUUUUAAUCAUUUUUUACCACAAAAUCAAGCUCCACUUUUACAAGCACAAAAUCAACAACCAAUUAAUAAUAUAAAUCAAGUUUCAAAUUUUCAAAUUCAACCAAUCCCUUUAACAUUUCAAUUACCAAAUAAUAUUAAUACCAAUACCAAUAACACCAAUAUGAUAAACAAUGUUCAACAAUUUCAAAACAAUUUUUUAAACAAUAAUGAUUUUUCUUUAACUGAUCCAGUUCCAUCUCCUUUUGUUUUAUUUAACAAUAAUAAUAAUAACAAUAACAAUAACAAUAACAAUAACAAUAACAAUAUUAAUAAUUUUCAUCAUAAUAAUAUUAAUAAUAAUUUUGAUAAUAAUAAUAGUAAUUAUAAUACUAUUAAUACUCAUCCUAAUAAUACUAAUAAUAAUAGUAGUAAUAUAAACCAAAUUCAAUCAAAUAUAUACCCACAACAAAAUUUACACAACCCUUUCUUACCAAUCCAUAAUAAUAAUAAUAUUAAUAAUAAUAAUAUUAAUAAAAAUAAUAAUAAUUAUAAUAAUAAUAAUAAUAAUAAAAAUAAUAAUAAUAAUAAUAAUAAUAAUAAUAAUAAUAACAAUCCACAAUUAUUUUCAAUGGAGCCACCUAAUGGCUUUAAUCAUUCCACAACUGAUAAUACAUCAUCAGUAUCAUCAGUACCAUCAAAUAAAAAGAAAUCUUCAAAAACUAAACAAAAAUCAAAACCACUUACUAUCCAACAACAACAACAACACAAGUCCAACUACCAUCAACAACCAAAUCAAAAUUCUCAACAUUUACAAUCAAAACCAAAUUCACCAAUUUUGAUUUCAUCUCCACUUAAUUCUCAACAGAAUUCAUCACCACCCCAGCCAUCUCCUACUCAAUCAUUUUUAUCUCCACCUCAAUAUUCACAAUCACCACAAAAUAAUAAUUUUAAUAAUAAUAAUAAUAAUAUUAGUAAUAAUAAUAAUAAUAAUAAUAAUAAUAAUAAUAAUAAUAAUAAUAAUAAUAAUAAUAAUAAUAAUAAUAAUAAUAAUAAUAAUAAUAAUAAUAAUAAUAAUAAUAAUAAUAAUAAUAAUAAUAAUAAUAAUAAUAUAAAUAAUAGUACAAAUAAUAAUAAUAACAAUAGUAAUACAAAUAAUAAUACAAAUACAAAUACAAAUAAUAAUAAUAAUAAAAAUAAUAAUAAUAAUAAUAAUAAUGAGAUUGAAAAUAAUAAUAAUGAAGAAUUAAUACUACUUUGGUAUAAUUCAAUUAUAAAGAAUAUAAUUGUUGAUGAAAAUCAUUUUAAAAUUGAAAAUCAAUUUAAUAAAGAAAAUGGUUAUUUAGUAUUUAAACAAUUAUUUAAGAAUCAUUUUGGAUCAAUUGGUACAAUUGGUAAAGAGAUGGCAGAAUAUAUUCAAUUACAUUGUGAAGUUAUGAAUGAAAUUACAGAACUUUCAAAAUUUCAUUUUCAAUCAAUUGAUAAUUUCUAUAAUAAUUAUAUUAGAAUCAUUAAUGGUUAUUCUUUAAUUCCUGCAAAAGAUAGCGGUGCUACAAUUAAAGCUAGACCUAAAAAAGGUGCAAAACUAUCCAAAGAGUCUAAAGAUAUUCUAGAGAAUUGGAUUAAAAAUCAUAUAGCUCAUCCAUAUCCAACCAAUGAUGAAAAAGAGCAAUUACAAAGACAAACUGGUUUAACUCCAAAUCAAAUUUCAAAUUGGUUCAUUAAUACUCGUAGAAGAAAAGUUCCAACUCUAUGUGAUGAAGCUGGUAUAAUUACAAAUAGUAAUGUAAUGCCACAAAUGACAAUAAAUAAUAAUAAUAAUAAUGGAGGUAAUAGUAAUUUUAAAAAUAAUAAUAAUAAUACUAUUACAACAACUUCAACAUCUAAUAAUAACAACAAUAAUAACAAUAAUAAUCACAACGAAAUGGAAUGCGAUGAUGGUGAAAAUGAAGAAAGCAGUGAAUAUGAUGAUUAA